CUGCGGAAGUCGAGCUUGCCAGAAGAGGACCAGGCAUUCCGUCUCUUAAAUCUUCAAUUUGAGCAACGUUAAUCACUAUUCUUUCUUAUCAGAUCCCCUGCAAUUUUCAUGUCCUUAACCCCAUAAUUUCUUUUGUCAUUUUGUUCGUAAAUCCAUCUUUAGAUUUCUUCGAGCAAUUGAAACAAAUUUCUGCUCUCUCUUCUGGCUCGAUCAAGCUCUUGCAAAUUUCUCGCGAGAGCUUUUUUUUGCUCCGAAAACCUCAUCUAAUCUAUUCGCGCAUUAUCGUAGUUGAAGAUGGGAGAAGCGAAGAACGAGAUCGACAUGGAGGAAGGAACUCUAGAGAUCGGGAUGGAGUAUAGAACAGUGUCUGGUGUUGCUGGACCAUUAGUCAUUCUAGACAAAGUUAAGGGUCCAAAGUAUCAGGAGAUUGUCAAUAUUCGCCUAGGAGAUGGCACAACAAGGCGUGGUCAAGUCUUAGAAGUUGAUGGAGAGAAAGCAGUUGUGCAGGUUUUUGAAGGAACAUCUGGAAUUGACAACAAGUACACAACUGUGCAAUUUACCGGGGAGGUUUUGAAAACACCUGUGUCAUUGGAUAUGCUAGGGCGCAUCUUUAAUGGCUCUGGAAAACCAAUUGAUAAUGGUCCUCCAAUUCUGCCUGAGGCUUACCUUGAUAUUUCUGGAAGCUCUAUCAACCCUAGUGAGCGAACUUAUCCCGAAGAGAUGAUUCAGACUGGGAUAUCAACAAUUGAUGUCAUGAACUCCAUUGCUCGUGGACAGAAGAUUCCUCUUUUCUCAGCCGCUGGUCUUCCCCAUAAUGAGAUAGCUGCUCAGAUUUGUCGUCAAGCUGGUCUUGUAAAGCGGUUGGAAAAGUCUGAUAACCUUCUGGAGGAUGGGGAAGAGGACAAUUUUGCCAUUGUGUUUGCUGCUAUGGGUGUGAACAUGGAGACGGCCCAAUUUUUCAAGCGAGAUUUUGAGGAAAAUGGGUCUAUGGAGAGAGUUACUCUUUUCCUAAACCUGGCCAAUGACCCCACAAUUGAACGCAUUAUCACUCCUCGAAUUGCCCUCACAACUGCAGAGUAUUUGGCUUAUGAAUGCGGGAAACAUGUUCUGGUUAUAUUGACAGAUAUGAGUUCAUAUGCAGAUGCUCUUCGUGAGGUAUCUGCUGCUAGAGAGGAAGUGCCUGGAAGGCGUGGUUAUCCUGGUUAUAUGUAUACCGAUCUGGCAACAAUUUAUGAACGUGCAGGACGUAUAGAAGGAAGAAAGGGUUCUAUCACACAAAUUCCCAUCUUGACCAUGCCUAAUGAUGACAUCACACACCCUACUCCAGAUCUUACUGGAUAUAUUACUGAAGGACAGAUAUACAUUGAUAGGCAACUACACAAUCGACAGAUAUACCCACCUAUAAACGUCCUGCCUUCACUUUCCCGUUUGAUGAAGAGUGCAAUUGGUGAGGGGAUGACUCGUAGAGAUCAUGCCGAUGUAUCCAACCAGCUGUAUGCAAAUUAUGCUAUUGGCAAGGAUGUUCAGGCAAUGAAAGCUGUGGUUGGAGAAGAAGCACUUUCUUCUGAGGAUCUGCUUUACCUGGAGUUCCUAGAUAAAUUUGAGAGAAAAUUUGUGACUCAAGGGGCAUAUGACACACGCAACAUCUUCCAAUCAUUGGAUUUAGCAUGGACAUUGCUCCGUAUCUUCCCCCGUGAACUUCUGCACCGUAUCCCUGCUAAGACACUUGAUCAGUAUUACAGUCGUGACGCAACCAGCUGAGCUGAUUAAAAGUUCCGUCUGCCCUUUGCUUGCUUGUAUCACCACCUUGAGCCACCCAUUGGUCCUUGAACCAAAAGUUGCUUUGCUUUGCUGCGUGACACAAUCAAAAUGAGUUUCGUGAGAAUGUUGUCUUAAUUUCUGCAUUGCAUUAUCCGUUUCCCUUUACAAAAAUUAUUAUUAUAAGAACUUGUCAUAUUUGUUGUGUUUUGAAGUUGAAUUUGUGGAAGGAAGAAGAAAUCGUGGCUGCUUUGGUCAAAGUCCUAUUUUCUACAGGUCCCUCGCUGUUUCUUAUUGAUACCGAGACUUCGCUAACUCCGUUGACGUUCAGCAAGUCUUGGUAAACAACGCUGUAAUUGUCGUAGCGAAAUCUGUCGUUAU